AUGCUUUCAGUGAAGCGCUUACAGACGGUUGCCCGAAUAUCUUGCGUGCUUUGUGUGGACUGCCGCUCUGACGCAGCGCGCACCGUGUUGACGUCAGCUGGUGCGCACGUCCUGCGGUCGUGUGCGCGCUCGACACUGUACCAGCAGCGUUGCGCGUACCACCCCAGAAUGCAAGACGCCAUCACGGCCCGAGCUGUUGCCUUUCCGCUCUAUAACGCCGGCUCUGUGUCAGAAUUCCUGGAUAAUGAGCGCAUUCUUGGGCUAGGGAGCGACGACGCGCACCCGGUGCAGACCGCAACACAACCGAGCAGUCCAGUUGGUGCUCUGGGGCGGGCCCAGCGGCACCCGCAGCGCCUGCACACGCGCCUGCAGCUGUCCACGUCGCCAGCACUGCGCUCGUUUUAUACGAAUGCGUGGGGUAGCCUUCGAAUCGGUCGAGUGCUCGAAGACCUCGAUGCGCUGGCUGGCUCUAUCGCCCUGCGGCAUGUGGCACUGCCAGAUAUCAACACGGUAACCGCUUGUGUCGACAAAAUCCGCAUUUUACAGCACCAUCAGUCAGAGCCGACAGGAAUCUCGACAGAAUCCGUGAAACCAGCCCGCAGUGCUCCGCCUUGGUCCGCUAUCCAUUUCGACCUCCUGUACAACGGUCAUCUGUUCCAUGUUGGAAACACUUCUAUGACGAUUUCCUGUGAAGUCGCUCGGGCGGAUAGGGACAGCACGCCAUUCCUCGAGGCCGUGUUCGUAUUCGUCGCUCGAGACGCUUCCGGAAACAAGUCCAUCCCGGUACCCGGCCUGCUGCUGGCAACAGCUGCUGACCGUGAGGCGUUCGCCCGUGGAGAAAAGUUGGCCACAGAACGCCGCAAAAGCCGGCUCCAACAGCACCGUCACGCUGGCCUGGCUGCGUCCACAUCACACCAGUCGAGCAGGGAGAGCUUGUCAGAACAUGCCAGUGCAUCUGGUCAAUCUGAGAAGGCGCGCUUGGACUCAUCGACAGUAGCACCAAAAUCGAGCGCGAACUCCGUCUCUAUCGACGAGACCACGAUGCGCACGAUGCAUAUCGUACAGCCCGAUGUUCGGAACUUGUUCGGUUUCAUGUUUGGAGGCACGGUGCUUUUAUGGUCUUUCGAGCUCGCAUAUUUGACCGUGCUUCAGCACGCUUCCAUGUCGCUGACCGUCUCGAAAGAGAGCGCUCGCCAGGACGCCGGCCUUAGUAUUGUACCCCGCCUCGUCGCUAUCGGCGAUAUCGACUUCCAUCGACCGAUUCCCGUGGGCAGCAUUCUGGAGAUGCGUUCGAGUAUUGCUGGCGUCCGUGGUGACCGCGUCGCAGUCCGUCUCUCGGUGCGCUUGUGGAGCGCUGGAGCGAGUCCCGCUCGGAUAGCUUUCAUCGAAGAUGCGAACCUCAUUACAAACACGAUGACGUUCCUGUUUCAAGUUCCCUGCAUGGUUUCGACAAGCGGCAUUUCGCACACUCUGAGAUCCGUUUACCCGACGACACCAGAGCAAGCGGAGGAAUCGGCGCGUGCCCUGGCCAUGCUGGAGAGCGACACUUGA